UCACUGCCACCAUGCUGGCUUCAGGGUUGCUUCUCAUGGCUGUGCUGGCCUGCCUGACUGUCAUGGUGUUGAUGUCUGUCUGGCGGCAGAGGAAGCUCCAGGGGCAGCUACCUCCUGGACCCACCCCAUUGCCUUUCAUCGGGAACUACCUGCAGCUCAACACAGAACAGAUGUACAACUCCCUCAUGAAGAUCAGAGAGCACUACGGCCCCGUGUUCACCAUCCACCUGGGGCCUCGCCGGGUAGUCGUACUGUGUGGACAGGAUGCAGUAAAGGAGGCUCUGGUGGAUCAAGCAGAGGAAUUCAGUGGGAGAGGCGAGCAGGCCACCUUUGAUUGGCUCUUCAAAGGCUAUGGCGUAGCCUUUAGCAACGGGGAGCGGGCCAAACAACUCCGGCGCUUCUCUAUCACCACGCUGCGGGACUUCGGAGUUGGCAAACGUGGCAUCGAGGAGCGCAUCAAAGAGGAGGCAGACUUCCUCAUCCAGGCCUUCCGAGACACCCAAGGUGCCUUGAUAGAUCCCACCUUCUUUCUGAGCCGAACAGUCUCCAAUGUCAUCAGCUCCAUCGUCUUCGGAGACCGCUUUAACUAUGAGGACAAAGAGUUCCUGUCACUGCUGCGCAUGAUGCUGGGAAGCUUCCAGUUCACAGCUACCUCUACUGGUCAGCUCUAUGAGAUGUUCUAUUCAGUGAUGAAACACCUGCCAGGACCACAGCAACAGGCCUUUAAGGAGCUGCAGGGGCUGGAGGACUUCAUAGCCAAAAAGGUGGAGCAGAACCAGCGCACCUUGGAUCCCAAUUCCCCUCGUGACUUCAUUGACUCCUUUCUCAUCCGCAUGCAGGAGGAGAAGAAGAACCCCAAUACAGAAUUUUAUAUGAAGAAUCUGGUGCUCACCACACUGAACCUCUUCUUUGCGGGCACAGAAACAGUUAGCACGACCCUGCGCUAUGGUUUCCUACUGCUCAUGAAGCACCCAGAUGUGGAGGCCAAGGUCCAUGAAGAGAUUGACCAGGUGAUUGGUAAGAACCGGCAGCCCAAGUUUGAGGACCGGGCCAAGAUGCCCUACACCGAGGCUGUGAUCCACGAGAUCCAAAGAUUUGGAGACAUAAUCCCCAUGGGUCUGGCUCGCAGGGUCACCAAGGACACCAAGUUUCGGGACUUCUUCCUCCCCAAGGGCACUGAAGUGUUCCCUAUGCUGGGCUCUGUGCUGAAAGACCCUAAGUACUUCUCUAACCCCCGAGAUUUCAACCCUCAGCACUUCCUGGAUGACAAAGGGCAGUUUAAGAAGAGUGAAGCUUUUGUGCCCUUUUCCAUCGGAAAGCGGUACUGUUUUGGAGAAAGCCUGGCUAGAAUGGAGCUCUUUCUCUUCCUCACCAACAUCAUGCAGCACUUCCGCUUCAAGUCCCCGCAGGCACCCAGGGACAUCAAUGUGUCCCCCAAACAUGUGGGCUUUGCCACAAUCCCACCAAACUACACCAUGAGCUUCCUGCCCCGCUGAGCCAGGGCUGUACCAGG